AUGGCCAGAGGACGUCCUGCUAGACAUCCAAGGGUUAAUGAACCUCAACCAGAGAUGAAUGAGACUGCACCCCAGGCCAACCUUCUAGAAGUAGUAGCUCAACUGCAGAGACAAUUGGUGGAGCAACAGCAGAUUAUUGCCGCCCUGACUACUAACCAGCAAGCUCCUCCUGUAGUCCCACCGGAAGUCAAUGUGGUUGCACCUAUUACGGCAGAAGUUCCAUCAGUUACACCUGUAGCCCCAGCAAAGGCAGUGAGGCAAGAAGCGUACCUCAUCCAGUGGCAGAAACUGCAACUAGAAAAUUUCUCUGGAUAUGACUUCUUCGAUGCGUACGAUGGCCAUGGUAGGGGGAGAGUGGCACAACUGUGCCAGGAACAUAUGCAUGUUUUGUUGGUUGAAGAAGUGUUGAUCGAGGGGUGGUCUUGUGUAGAGGGGCGGUGGAGGGAGAUUAUCACAGAAAGCUUCUCAAGGCUAAAUGGCGAGGUGGAGGCAACAACGCUUGGAGAGUCGGAGAGGACAUUGGGUUCGACGGCUGUGGUGGCCAUGGUGGGGACCAAGCUGAUCGUGGUGGCCAACUACGAUGACUCCAGGGCCAUGCUUAGCCGGGACAAUGCCGCUUUGCCCUCUCCUUUGACCACAAAGUAA